AGAAUCAGCGGAACUGACAAGCUACCAUCAUAAGCAGAAGCAAGAUCCUUUAAUCAUUAGUUGAUUGCGAGAGAGCACCCGGUGACGUUGUGUUACACCAACUGGACUAAUUGGAAUUACACAUUGUCUCUAUACUUUGGUGGAUCGUCUUGCUUAGCCAUGUACAGUGCCGUGAAUAAAGAAAGAACAGUGACCAUUGUGGAUAGCCCACCAGAACAACACACAGAAUCAGUGAAUUGCUGUGAUUACGCGCUAUGUCGAUGUCUUCGGCGGGUCCCCUAUGCGACCAUCUUCGCUCUGAUGGUCCUAGCCGGUGGGCUGGCGUUGAUGACCUAUGAGAUACUACUUAUCGAUAGUACUGUAGAGGAAAUGUUCGAAGGGACCCAUCUCGACCCUAAGGUCUCCAAGCAACCAAGCAAGUUCUAUCAAGGAGUUGCAGUUCUAUUCUGGGUCUUGAUUGCGCUGGUGUCCCUCAUAGGAUGUUUCGGCCUGUUACUCCUAAUCAUGGCAUGCAUGACUGCGGGACCAUCGAAAAAGAACGCGUGUGGCAAGCGAGCCAUGAAGUGCGUUGGUCGUAUCUCAACAUCAGUGAUGAUCAUGAUUUGUUAUUUCCUGUGUGUUUGCUGGAUGUUGGGAUGUAUCAUCCUAGCCAUGCCUCUCACCUUCAUGUUGAUGGUCCAAUCCUACUGCAAGGUCCAGAACAAUGUCUUCUUAGAUACCACAUGCAUGGACCUUACUCAGUACGGUUUUGUUGAGGCCCCAAACAACACUGCGGUGGUGGUGACGACACCAGCUAACCCCAUCAAUCCAGUGAUGCCUAUAAUGGCUGCCACAGAACCUCCUAAGGUCGUUCCAACAAGCAUCUGCGGAUCAGAAUUGGAGAAGUUCUGUGAUCAUAACGAGGAUAUAUCGUUAGCUGUGUACCUGACCGUCACCGCUGCUGUCAUAGUGGUUCUAGCUCUGAUCCAUUUCUUGAUGGCACUGGCGGCUAACCACACCUACAUACGAAUAUUCCAUAAGGACCUGCCUGGUAGAACCAAAUACGGCGGCAACGACUACAUCGGACAUCGCUACAGCGACGCAGGCAUGCCGCUUCAAGAACCGCUGAAUAUCCAGGACGAAAAUACUCACUUCUGAGUCCAGCAACGCCGCUAGAGGGCCUUCUCCUUUUACUUUGAAAUCUAUUUUGUUGCUGAUUUGAUGACGAAAGACGCCUUGCUGCUUUGAGGUCUUGACUCCACGUUCAGUGAUCUUGUGUCUUGGAAAGAUCCCGUGAGGUUGUGGUGGUGACUUUUUUCUAAGUUUUUACGAAGACUGCCUUCAACGGCCUUUCUCUUAAAAUAUGAUGAGUUCUGAAGAAGGCCGAGUUGCCGUUUUUAGAGAAAACAGGGGUGCUUUUUACUUCUAAAGAAGAAAUUAAUACGACAUACAGGGUUUUGAUGUGACAUACGGGCAAGCUUUUAUGAUACAAUUAUGGUUAAGUUUGGAGCUGCUGUUGGUGUGAUGUUGGGAAGAAGGUUCUUCGCUCGAUUGCCUUUAGUUCUGGAAAAGGAAAUGCAUGGGUUAGCAAAGAAGAAACAAAGACGACAAGGGGAGAAAGAAAGGUCAUGAUGAAAAAACUGAGCGAGAAAUUUUGAUAGAAAGCUGCCGAUAACCAGGAAAAUCAUGUACAUUAAAAGGACUUUAAUAUUGCACGAUGGAUUAUCCAAUUUAGAAAUUUUGCAUACAAUCUGAAAAAUAUCGACUCUUUCAAUAAAGUGAUAACAUGACAAAUUUAUUAGUACAGAUGAAGGCACAGGGUUGCGCCGCAAGGGGUUGGCAGGGGGCGACCCGCCUCUGGGAUUUUCAAUUGAUUAAAAAGAAAAGAAAACAGAUAAGCUAGAUCAUCGAGUAUGAAGAAAGGAUAGAAAAAGAAGGAAGAGUAUUGAAAAGUGGGGAUUGGGUAUUAUAUACCCAAGUCUUCAUUGAGAAAAAAAAUGACGUUAUAUGCCUUCCUGUUCUCCCCCCCCUCCCCCCUCCCCCGGAGGCCCCUCCCCAAACAAUGUGUGAUGAAGUUUCUCUCAGCCCCUUCUGGAUAUGUGGGCAUGGGGUAACAUUUUUUACUGCCUAUAAACUGACGGAUCGCAUCAGGUGCGCUGGCUGUACUCUGAUGAAAAGUAAAAUAUUCCCAAAUUGCCCAAGAUUAAUAUAGACUGUAUAGACCUACACUCUUAAAGGAAAACACGUAAAAUGGUCAUAGAUUGAGCAGCUUAGUGGGACUGAUAGAUCUAGCCAUGUCUGAAAUGACUGCAUCGAGUCAAAAAGUUUCAAUUACGACGAGAGAAGAACCACUACUGCAUGCAUUUACCCAAACUAAACACGUUUUGUCGAGUCGUUUAAAUAGUUUGCUUGAAGGGAGUUUUAGGUGGGACCAUAGAGCAAGGGACCAUUAAAUAGAAUGUUUUUAUUUUCUAGCAUGUGUGCUGUCCAUAUAUAGUGGAUUAUGACAGAUCUUCAUAAAAAUGCCGGUAGACAGAUAGGACGGAAAAUCCAGAUAAAAAUCGAUCUCCGUGCUUGCUUAAUCUUUAAACUCAGCAUCUUGGCUGAUCCAGUAUGUUUUAAUCGGAAAUUUCCUCCCAUUCACCUAGGCCUAUUAUUUGUCAAAAGCUAUUACUAUAAUACGGACAGCAUAAUUUCACUCCUAAUGUAAAGGGGGUUGUAAUCUUAUGGCCUUAAUCAUGAUAAUGUCUAUUUCAAAUUUAAUAUCCCGUCUUGCACAGUAUUUUGUCCCGCAUUAUUCCAUUGACAUUAAUAUAGUUCAAUCAAUUUUUCUUCUUCUUUUUUUUUUUUUGGGGGGGGUCGGCUUAGACAAAAUGCUGUCUUGAAGAGCAUCAUGUUUCAGCAUUCGUACAACCUGUUUGAACCUGAGCUCCGUUGCAUAAAAUUCUGUAUAGUUAAGCCACGGUGUAUGUAUAAUUUCAAAGAUACCAUUAUCGUUAGCUUAGAUGCAAUGAAACCCUGGUAAUGAUAUUUGAACCCAUAUUGAGACAAUCCAUUGGUAUUUAGAAAAAAAAUAAGACGUGUAUUUUAACAUGUUGAAAAGAUUAUGGUGGGUAAGUCACAUUAGUAUAACGACGGGUACAGAAAAAAUUCUUUGUAUUUAUGACUUUUUAUGCGAGAUUUCAGAGCAUUAAAAGCUGGACUGUAGCAAUGAAAAUAAUGAUAAGAAUACGACUUUGGACUUGAUGAUAGAUAACUGGCCCAAAAUGUGUAUUGCCUGACAAAAGAGUACACUGAAACGAAAGUGACUUAUCUAUUAUCAUGAUUAUACAAGAAGAAGCGUAUUUGAACGUUAAAUUUGAAUUGUAUAUCUUGGUUUGAAGUAAACUCAUUAUACCAGUAACAUGGUAUGAAAAAUUAUAUUGAUGUGAAAAAUUUGUGAAGAGUUUAGCUUGAUGUACAUAAUUUUAUCCAAAUUUUAUUCAAGUUUGAUAGUAGUUAGUAACUAGCUAAAUCAUGUGGAAAAUACUAUUGUAGUAACUUGUCGUUUUCUUAGAAAACAAUGUUAGUUAUUGAUGAAAAUUUAUAUUAAAGUUCAGUGUUGGAGACUUCUCAUGUGAUCAUGUGUAGUUAGGGAUUAGAAUUCAUCUAAUGAUGAGUAGUGAUAUUGUAAAUAGCUUCUAUACAUGGACAUUACGCAUUACAUAACAUGUUAUUUAUUGUAGCUAUUGCAGAAAAAAAUGUAUUGUACUGUAUACUGGCUGACAAGUGCACAUAUUUGUAUGAAAAGCGAUUUAAUGUUGUAUUUCAAUCAAUGUUGUUUAUGCAGCUCAUAUUGUCGAUAAUCUUGUUGAAAUUGGCAAUUUUACUUCUGUCACUGUCAGAUUUUUUUUUAUAUAUCUUUCUUUGUCUCGAUUUCCCUUUUUUAGGAAUCCAAUAGAGAUGGAUUUGUUUUUAUCGUGAUGGAGAUAAUCAUUACGAAAUGAUGCUUGCACAAUCCAGGAUUUUCAACAUUCAUAAUAAUUAUGAUAGUUUAACUUUUCAUUGAAUUGAAAUAAUCAGAUUCGACCCUGUAUUAUCAACUGGCCUUGAGUGCCAAUCAGCAAAUUAUGAGUGCUAAUCAUUCAUUUUGAUAGUGUAUUAAUACGAUGGAAAACUUUGAUGAUACAGACAAUAUUAUGGCUUACGUUUGGGGUGGGGAGAUCAACAAGCAAACUAAUUGCUGAUUAUACAGCAUUACCUUAGAGAAGAGAAUGGAGAUAAUGCCUUAUCUGGAUAUUUUUUUGUGAAUAGCUAUAUAAAAGAUUCAAACCAUUUCAGCACGUCUAAAGAUCAUGAUGUAUCAUGUUAAAUUAUUGUGGUAAUUAUAAUACUUGGUAAAAGAUUUAAUUAAGUUUUGAUUCUAGCUCCUAAUCUUAAACCGAAAAUUAAAAGACCGAUGGUCGUGGCGUUACUCCUAUGUCAUUUGUUCUAUGCAUUGUCAAUGUAAACUAUUCCAAGCUAACAUCUUGUUUUUAUGCCUUGUCAAUGUAAGUGAAUGUGACCUGGGCAUUUUGAAAUGUUGUAAACUUUUGUAAGUAGUAGUGUAAGUUUGGGUGUCAUUUUAACAAGCUGUGAAUAAAGCGAUCCGCCAUUCAUUGCCAUUAUUUUCUUAACCACUUGGGGUUUUUAGCAUUUGGAAAUGUCACUUUUGCAGGAAUUAUCGACAUUUAAAAUUUACCUUUCAUUUAUAAAUGGGAAGUGCACCCGAACGAAAAUUUUGUUUGAAUAAAAAGAGA